GUUAUGACAUAGGACAAUCGGUACAACGCUGGCGGCAGCCGUAGUAACGGGAGUUAGCUUGAAGCCGUCGGAAGAAAUGGCGGAAGAAGAGACGUCGACGACGGCGAAAGAAGGGGAGAAUUUGCUCGGUCCGCCUUCCUUCACCGAGCUCGAGAACGGAAGGUUCAAGUGCGUCGAGACAGGCCACGAGGUCCUCUCCAAGGACAAGGAAUCGUAUUCGCAGAGCAAACGGUGCCGGCUGGGUCUCGUCAACCAUGCUCUGUCCACCCGCAAGGCUCCUCUCAACAUGUUCAAGCAGGACCCUCUCAACAGGUCGAAAUUGGUCUGUAAGUUGACUGGGGAUACAGUGAAUAAGACCGAGGAGCAUAUCUGGAAGCACAUCAAUGGCAGGCGGUUCCUCAACAAAUUAGAACUAAAGGAAAUGGGGAAAUUGGUUCCAAAUGGGAAAUCAGCUGAAGGUGAAGAGAAGAAGGAACAUGGGGAUGGGGAUGGGAAUGGUGAUGAUAAGGAGAAUAAGAAGAAGAGGAAGAAGAAAAAGAAAAAGAAGGACAAGAAGGCAAAGACUGUUGAAGAAAUCGUGACUGAAAUCAGGGAUGUUCCAGCUGAUGGGGAGAGUGAUGAUUCUGAGGUAGAAGAAGCUGAGUUCUGGAUGCCACCUAAGGGAGCACGGUGGGAUUUCGACGAUGGAGAUGAUCGGUGGGGCUCUGACGAAGAGGCUGAGUUGGAUGAGGACGGGGAAGGAAUGGAAGCAGUUGAAGAUGUAAGCAAGGAGUCCGAUGACCUAUCUUGCCGGUGUGUUCGUAUAUCCAACCUCAAUUUCUCCCCUAACAAAGAGAAUGGCCAUAGAAAUUGGACCCAGCAGCAAUGCACCCAGAAAGAAGAAGAGUAAAAAGAACUCAAAAGCCUAGUCUUUCCGGUCAAAGCUGAUGAUGAGCGAAAAUUCAACUUAUUUGCUCGGUUUGUAGUUGCGACACUCCUAUAUGCUAUUCAAUUUCGCAAUCCAAGAUGAAUAGGGAAAAUGGUUGUUGACUUAUUGUAGCUCUAGCAAGUUUUGAGUUCCUCCCCUUGUUACCUCCUUUCUUUCAGCUUGUACCUUGCUCUUCUAGGAGCUAACUGGUGAAGAUUCGUUACCACAAGUUUCUGAUAAGCAUUCAGUUUUGGGCAUUGAAUUUUUUAAUCCUUUUCUAGCA